CCCCCAUCGCGCCCUCGCUCGUCGUCGUCGUCGCUGACCGCCUCCUCGCCGCCCGCCCACCGCCUGCCCGCGACCAGCCAUGGCAUCCUUCCUCAAGGCAUUCAACGCAUCCCUCGUCCGGAGGCCCAUGCUCACCCAGUGCGCGUCCUCCGCCGUCAUGUUCGGCAUCGGCGACGUCCUCGCCCAGCAGGCCUUUGAGAAGAAGGGCACCAACCACGACUUCCUCCGGACUGCCCGCACCGCCUUCUACGGCGGCGCCCUCUUCGGGCCCCUCCUCACAAAAUGGCUCGACGUCCUCAACCGCAUCAAGGUCCAGUCCCGCGUCAGGGAGGUCGCCUACAAGGUCUGGCUCGAUCAGACCGUCUUCACUCCCGCUGUGGUCGGCUUCUUCUUCACUUCCAUGACCCUCCUCGAAGGCAAGAGCUUCUCGGAUGCGCAAGAUCGUCUCAGCACUGCAUACGUCCCCACGCUCAUCCGCAACUGGGGCGUCUUCGUCCCCACCCAAAUCUUCAACUUCGCCCUCGUCCCGCCCCAGUACCGCUUCUUCACCAUCGGCACCGUCGCCCUCUUCUGGAACGCCUACCUCUCCGCCGUCAACGCGCGUAACGCGCAGUCAGACGACGCAAGCCACGCCGCCGUGCUGGAGAAGGUCGAGGCGGGCGUGCCCGUGGAUGGUGCGUUGGCGGUGAAGGCGUGAGGGGUGUGGUUAGGACGACGACUUGUGUUAAGGACAGAGAAGUCUGGCUUCCCCGAGGAGAACGCGAGCGCGGGGCAGAGAAUGAGAGCUUGCUGAGGGCGGCGUACGAUCUAUCGACAUCUAGAUGCUUUCUGUCUUGCUCAGGUACACGAGGCACAACCCACCACAUACCCAACCCAUAGAGAUACAUAGAGAAACCAAGACGUACGGACUGCUAAUCGAUUCCCACUUCUUGUGCAUGUCCCCCUCGAUGUGCUUCGUGCUUGGG